AUGCGGACGCAGGCGUACCUGAGGCUCGCGAAUGAGGAGUUAUUUGUGCCGCGGGGGUUGCGCGUGCAGGUGCUCAAGACGAGGAAGAUGAUGGAGGUGGUGGGGGUUCCCGGGGAGGUGUUUGAUGUUGGGGGUGGACGGAAGAAGAGGGAUGGGGAAGGGGAGGAGGUUUUUGACGACAAGGAUGAUCCUCUUGAUGAUGGAGAGGGUGUUGAAGGUAAAGGUAAAGGUAAGGGUAAGGGUAAGGGUAAGGGUGAGAAAGAGGAGGGCUAUCCACCAUCACCAUCACCAUCACCAUCACCAUCCUCACCCCUACCACCCUAUCCUCCGUCUUCAAGCACACACCCAGGCUUCGACGAAACGACCAAACAACAACCCACCCAGGAAUCCAACGACGAUAGGAAUGACCCCCAGCUCCGGCGCAUGUCCGCCCUAACCGGCUACGUCCAACCCCUCGAAUUCACAGCCGACCUGCCGUUGUCGGAGAACUGGCUAAAACGAGCCUCCGAAAGCCAAUCCCGCGCCUUCGCCUCCCGCCAAAACGCCCUCUUCAGCGGCAAGCGCGACAAAGCCACAAAACUAGCCCUCGAGGCCGAAGAAGCCUCCCGCGAGCUUGACACGAAAUUAGCGGAGGUGGAGACGGCGCAGGGCGAGAUCCGAGCGCGGGCGCGGGAACGGCUGCAGGGCCCGCUGGGGGAGUCGAUGCAGGGCCGGUUGAUUGUGCAGGAGGAUAUGGAGAAGGAGAUGCGGAAGUGGGAGAAGAAAAGGGAGAAGAUUGACAAGGAGAGGGAGAAGCGGGUGACUAGGAAAUUGGCGCAGAGUCAGAGGGGGUUGGAACGGGUUGAGAAACGGGAGAUGAAGGUGGCGCAGAGGGUGAUGUGGGUGGUGGUGACGGAGGAUGAUGGGAGGGGUUGGGAGAAUCACCUGUGGGAGGAUUCUGAUUAA